AUGGCAUCGCCCUCAUGUCAAAUACAGCUUUACUAUGGACCCACAUCGCAUUUCUCUCUUAUGCAACACGUUUACCGGGAUCUCGUCUCCCAUCCUACCGCUCAGACUGAACCCUCGGGCGGAGUUGAUGAAGCUGGAGCUGGCUUGGAUCUCUUCAGUUUUCGCCGCAUCUUUUUUGGAACCCCGGACACCCAAGAAGGCGUUAAGACAUCCUCAUGGGGAGAUGCCUCGGUGAUGUUCUUGCCAUAUGAACUGGCCAAACUAUUCCUUUCGCGAUUCUUAAUGGCUCUCUAUCAUAUGCUGCCACAUCGACCCAAGUUAUGGUGGGAGCAACGCCUAGAGGAGCUCUAUAGCCCGUCACCCGCAAUCCAUCCAGAUACAUUAACUCAGGCUCUCUUACUGCUUGCCUUGGCAACGGGUUCGCUCGGCACCGAGUACUUUGCUUGGGGUGAUGUGCUGCUAGACCGCGUCAAGGCCUCACUCACAUCCUUCGAUGAUGUUGUCAACCUUCAAACCGUCCAAAUAUCGCUCCUCAUGAUAAGUCGGCCCUCUAGGCUUACCCCGCCUCCAGCCGUCGUACUGACCAACCAACACACAAUUUUCCAGAACGAACAAGGUCGGCCAAAUCCGGCUUUCUUGCAUCUUGGAUCGGCUUGUCGAAAGGCUAUAUCAGCAGGCUUACACAAAGACGUUCCCCGCGACGAUGCACAAACGCCUGAAAAUAUUGAAGAGCGUAGAAUGACGUUCUGGAGUCUUUAUAUCUGUGAAACCUCAUUGUGCUUGAAAGAUGUCGCCAUUGAACACCCAAAUGACUCUUUCCUCCGACUCCUGGUUCAGCUCUGCAAAGCCAUAUCUCGGUCUACCAAUGAGAUCUACGGUGAGCACCAUGAGUCUUUGCUUCAUAUGUGGCGGGUUGCACGCUCCAUCUCGGAUGAACUUCGUGGGUUUCAAUCCCAGAUGCAGCAUGCCUUGGGCUUCGGCCUUGAUGCUGACGUCCAAAACGAAAGUAUUGGUGUAAAACAAAUCAUUUUCACCACUUCGAGCACCAUCUCCGCUAUCCAAACGGUCCUACGGAACAUCAGCCCGACUUACGAAUGGAUACCAGAUCCCAAACCUGAUAACAAAUAUUCCACUGAAACGGAUGGGGGAACGGCAGUAUCUCAUGCAUCUGGCGUUGCGGGUCGCCAACCAGGAAUCCUCAAAGAGAAUCGCUUUUCUUCAAACACCUUAUUCGGUUCAACCUCUAAUUUGCCGCCAUCCCAAUGGACUCUGCCGCAAUUUGAAGGUCCAGAGACCGGUAGAUCCGGUGGGUCGAGUGAGGAUCUUCUUGAUUUCACUCAAUCCGACAUGGGAUGGAACUUUGACUUUUCUACGAUGGAUCUAGAGGCCUUUUUCUCCGUGUAUCAGUCGGCCGAUGCCUCGUUCUCCUGA